AUGAUGGCUCAAUUUAUGAUGGAUUUAAAAACAGAACCCCGUCUUAGUCCCUCGCUCUACUCACCCGCUUCGCCUAAAAUGAUCGACUCCAACGGUCGCCCACAGUCGACCGACUCCGGUGUGCUGGAUCUGUCCAAGCGGCGUGACUCUCUGGACGCCCGGAAAACACCAUCACCUUCAUACCACUGCUACAGCGAGGUGGGUGGCACACCGCCCCCAAGCAACCACAGUUCCCCCCAGCAGUGUGACAUGAACGUGUCCACCAACCCGGAAAACACCAUUCUGCUCAACUACGGUGAACUUGUCCGGGCUCGUCGCUUAUCGCCGACCAAGUCACUGCUACACUUCGAAGAACUUGCUCACCACACACAAACCCAACUCGCACCGGCCGUGCAAGCCUUUCACCGGCACGGAAUGGGGCUGCCAAAGCCGGAAACCGACAUCCUUCAGCAGCAUCUACUGCAGCAAGCGCAUCGGGCAGGUCCAAUUCCGUCCUAUCUGCUUCCGACGGCGGCACUGCAGCAUCAUCCUCACCAUCAGCAGCAGCAGACGUCACCGGCGGCCUUCUCACCGAGUCCAAUUCGUCUCCGCGAGCUGGACACAUUGUCCGAGUCCGGUUCGGAAGGCACGUCCCUGGUCAGCUCGAGUCAGCGCAAGUGCAAGGAGGAGGGAGGAAACCCGCCCAAGGAUGGUGCACCUUCCGGAAACCAGCAGUACCCGAUGGUGGUCGGUCGAGACGGUAAACUGUCUCGGCCCUUCAAGGCUUACCCUCGGGAUCCGCUCAGCCUGGCGGCGGGUUUCGUCGCCAGCGACACUAUCCUCGAUACGAACUCGGCCGAAAAGUACAACCUGUUCCGGAAGCGGAUGCUGGAACAGAUCCACGCCGCCAACGGCGGCCAACCGACCGUGUCCAACCCGAAGAUGCGCCGCCUAGCAAACUCGACCAAAUCCGGUACCUCCUCCUCGAACGCCCCGUCCGCCGCCAUGAGCGAUGCAUCGUCGUCCGAGUCUUGCGACGAAAAACCACCAUCGAAGGAGCACGUGCUCAGUAUGGCGGCAGCGAAAGCGCACCAGAGCCUUACAACGUGCGGCGAGAUGGCGCAAUACACCGCAACCAAUCAGCGCCCGCUAGUGACGCCAUCGCGAAACGAAACACUCGAAGCGGCGUGUGACGUCAUUGGUUCGUCGGACGUAUCGCCGUCAUCGAGGGCGGAGUCAAGCGGUACAGCAGCAACGCCAGCACUAAAUCACAGCAACAGCGGCUCGUCCGUCAAAGAUUCGGCCUACUACGAGCGACGCAAGAAGAAUAAUGCCGCAGCCAAAAAGUCACGCGAUCGACGCCGCAUCAAGGAGGACGAAAUUGCGAUUCGGGCCGCAUUUCUCGAGCGGGAAAACAUCGAGCUGAAGUUUGAGCUGGCGGCCGCCCGGAAGCAGCUCGCAUUGUACGGCGUCACGAGCUCGGUGGCCGCUUCGUAG